CAGGUGGAAGCUAUUUAAACAAUAAUCCUAUAGGUGUGUGGUCACUUCCUUACUACAUCCUGCACAGAUUCUUACGUCAGGAACUCUGACGAUAUAUACAAUGGCCAGACAUUUAUUAAGUGUGCCCCCAACUAGGCUCUCUCGUCAACGAUCUACUUGUUUUCUUCUGGACUCUCGCAGCGUUGUAGGCUCAGAUUUUGUUGAAAUGCUCCGUACUAUCGGUUACCCUGGAGCACAGAAUCUUAAGGGGGAGGAUUUUGAUUGGCUAUGUGAAGGCAGUGGAGAGGUAAAGGGCUUCCUAAGUUGGCUUUGCAGCACUGUGGAUCAGAAAAAUGUUUUAACCACUGAGCAAUUGGAGGCCUAUGAUGCCCUUCUAAACUCUGGACAACCACUUCUAGAAGUGGAUGAGAUUCAGAACCUCUGCAAAGGGGCAAGUGAAGCCGAAGGAGACUGGAAGAUGGAAGAUGCAAAGAGUUUGGAAGAACUUGAAGCAGAGCUACAGAGCUUGCGAAGCAUCAAAACUCAUCGACUGCAAUGCCGCAACAAGUUGGAGUCUUUGGGGUUAACACUUCUCCAUAAUCGCUUGUCCUUGGAGAAAGUGGAGAAGCAAGAAGAGAAGAGUCUAAGUAACAUCAAGGAAGAACUUUCAACCCUGAAUUCAAGGUGCAAUGCAGCCUUUGUGAGGCUUCGAGAGACUGUAACAGAGCUUGGAAACUAUUACACUGCCCCAUCUUCCCAGAGUAUUUUGCUUUCUUCUCUUGACUUGGAUAGCUACAUAAGACUUGAAGAAAUGUGCUGGGAACAGGUGGAGCAAAAUGCCAGGGCAGUGUUGCCUGUGAAAGAGGAAGACCUGGAGAGAGAACAAAAAGCUCAGAUAGAGAUGGAAAAAGAAUGCACUAGAGUUCGAGCAGCAUGGUGCUCCCAGAAAAUGCAACUAAGCAUUGCACGUGCCACUCUCAAUAGUAAUAGGGAGGCAUUAAACUGGUUGGAUAGGAAUGCAGGAGAACAGGUUUGGGAUCCUCUGCGUUUGCCUUUGUUGGAGAGAGACAUUCAGACACUAGAGACAGAGAUUGAAGGUUUACAGACGCAAAGACUAGCUCAACUGGUCUGUGAGGCUUCAAUAGGUCUAUGCCUACCUGCCCACCAUGGUUGGGUUCAAACGGAGAGACAAAGACUGGCACGGAUAGGCCAAAUCCAAGCUCCAGUGGCGGAGGCCAUACUAGCUCAGUUGUCUCGUCUACAGCUGGUAGAAUUGGGCCUACAGGUUGACAUGAGGGUACAUCACCAAACUGAGGGGGAUCUUCGAACGCUCAAGAUUAAGAUGAGCAAGCUGUCUGGUGAUCUUGGAAGGAGAAUACUUGGGCCAAGAGAAUUACGGGCCUUUCCUCAAUGUCUGCCACCGAUACGAGUUGACAGCAAAGACCAUACAGCAGUCAGGCUCUCAAUGAUGCUAGAGAACCCAUCAAGGCAAAAAGAACUUUUUCCAAAGUAUGAAGCCCUCCAGCGCCAAGCUGGUUCUCUUCACCAGGAGCUGAUGACACUGAGUAGCAUCCAUCGUGGCCCUCUUCCGCAGACCUCCAGCUUGGAACAGGACUGCGAGGAGCUUCAUCAGUGCUUGUGCUGUGGUACACGGAACUUGCAACUGCGAGAUCCAAACCUCACUCUGGCCUUUGAAGUGCUCUCCUCUGGUGUUUCACAGUUUAAUCAGUUAUGUCUGGACUGCCUAGGGGAUCUGGAACGUAAGAAACAUUCCAUUCAGACUUCUUAUCUAGAGCAGGGGAGACAGUUCUAUGCUCUCUUCCACCAGGACCCCACUCAACUGGCCAAAAUUGUCCAGGAACUGGAGCAGCGGGUGAAGGAGAUACAGACGGACUGAAGAGGACAUCCAACUUUGGUCAAUAACCAUAGCAAUUGGCACUUCAUAUAGGUUUCACUUAUGGUGGUGGCUGUUUACACAUAUGGCAUGCAGUUUGUACUUAAUAAACAAGCAUUAAUGCAUCUGA